AAUAACAACACAAACUGCAGUGAUCAUCGAGCGGAGUGCUCUAUGGUACGAGCAACUGUAUUUUCUAACCACGAUUUAAGAUGUCUCAAAUCGUGAUUCUAAAUUCUAACCCAUCCAUAGACAGCAUAGGGCAGUGGUUUUCAAACUUUUAUUAUACACGGCACACCGUACACUUCAAACAAUUUUCACGGCACACUGACCUUUUUUUUUAGAUGAACAAAAUUGUUUUGAAUUAAUUAUAAUUAUAUAUACAUUUAAUAAGAAACGUAUGAUUGAUGGGCUAACAAAUAUUUUUAAUUCUUGGACGAAUAGUUGACACAUACCCGCAUCUUUUAUAUCAAAAUUCAAUGCAAUCGGUAAUUUAUGGAAAAAUCGCGGCACACUUAGUGGAUACUCGCGGCACCCAGUUUGAAAACCACUGGCAUAGAGUAAAAACAUAAACCCAUAUUCACUAUUCAGACCAUUCUACCGUGAGUCCGUAUUCCAAGCUCGUACUGUGCAUAGAUCGUUCUGGAAUUUUUUUUUGUUCGUGAUGAUGAUGAAGAAUUCGUAGUGUUACAUAAGUUUUUCAAUUUCAUUAUUGCAAUUAUAUUUCCGAUACUUCUGGCUUUCUAAUUGUUGUUAUUAUUGUCGGUUAGUAGUUAAUAUAUGGUAAUCAUAAUACUCUUAUAGUCUUGCCUCAUAGUUAACAUUUUUUAAAUUGCGAUUUAUGAUAAGUAUUGAUAUAUAUAUCAAAUAUGUUUGAUUUUUUAAAAACGCCAUUCAAAGAUAGUAAAGUAUCAAUUUCCCGUCCAUUUCUUUGUGAUAAAGUAAAAGAAUUUGGUACUUGCGAAGGAACAUGUGCAGAGCGUCAUAUUUUAUGCAAAACACUUGAUAAAAAAUGUCUCAAUAUUCCUAUGAAAUGUUUGGUUACAAUAAAACUGACAAAAAUUGUAAGUGCUUCACAUUUUUAUGGCAGAAUUCUUAAGUAUAGUACCAAAAAAAAUCCUACAAAAGAUCAAGAUUGGAUUAAUAUUGAUGAUUCGUUUGAAAAAAUAAAACAUGAAUUAAAAAACAUCUGUUCAACUCCAAAUACUAUCAUUUUAUGUAAAACCUUUUCUAUUGGUGAAAUGGUUAUGAUACAAACUGAACAAGAAGAAUUUUAUCGAGCAGUUGUCUUGGAUAUAGUACAUGGAUGGCUUACAGUUAAGGUAAAAGUAAUAUUAAUUGACAUUGGACAAACAAAAGAAAUUAGUUCAAAUAAAAUAUUUGUACUGCCAAACCAUUUAAAAGAAUUUCGGCCUGUAGCUGUUGAAAUCAUCAUAUCUUCCAUGGAACCUGUGGUAGAAGGAACGUCUGUUUUCAAAUGGCCAGUUGAUACAACAAAUAUUGUACGUAGUUUAUUAGAACCAUUUAUUUUGACGGAUUUAGAAUUUAUUUGCAAAGUUGAACUUACAUUAGGAAUACAUUUAUGGGUUAAUUGGAUAUUAGCUAAAAAAUGUAUUAAAUGUUCUCACUUUGCAUGUAAACUUUAUAAAAGUUCUUUGAUAUUACCAAAUGAAUUAAUUAAACGCAAUCUUGCAAGACAAAGUUCUUGUCUAAUAGAUAAAUUAAUUAGCUUAGAUAAAGAUGCUCUAAUAUGGAAAAAACACUUAAAUGUUGCAAAACCACCAAUUGUUAAAAAAUCAAAUAUACCAUUAUUUUCAUGUGAUAGACAAAAAAAUGAAGUUGACGAAGUAAUACAAGUACAAUGGGCUCAUUUGUCCAAGCAAAUAAUUUCAAAUGUAAUUGUUCAUUACAUAGAUAGUCCAAAAUGUUUUUUGAUAAGUAAUUUGCAAUAUUCUGAUAGAGUUAUUGCUCUUCAAAGAGACAUUGAUGAUGCUAUCAAUAAUACAUCUGUUGAAAAAUUAACUUGCGCCACUGUUGGAAAUGUAUGUUUAGCAUUAAUACCUGGAGAAAAUAAGUAUAACCGUGUUAUUAUUCAAAAAAUUGACAAUCAAAUAGCUGAUAUUCUAUGUAUAGAUUAUGGUGAAUUUUACCAAGUUGAAAUUCAUAAUUUAUUAACUAUACCCUCAGAUUUGAUAACAAAGUUACCAUUUCAAGUAAUUGAGUGUAGUUUAAGUGGUUUUAAUGAUAGUUUACCAACCAAUGUUGUAGAUCAAUUUAAUAAUCGUUUAUUAGAACUUACAGAUAAUAUGAUAAAUUUAAAAGUUCUUUCUUCUACUAUGGAUACAAAGUUGACUGGAGGAACCUGUUAUGAAGUUGUAUUAUUUAAGCAUGAUAUAAAUAUAAAUGUCACACUGGCUGAUGAAUUUAAUAUGUAUGUUGAUAAUACUCAAAUACAAAAUAUUUUAAGCAUAAAUUGUAAACAUGAGGAAAAUGAUAGUGAGGAUGAUAAUGAAAUUGAUGAAGAAGAUUUAAAAGGUCAGAUAGAUCUACUAAACAGCCUAUUCAAAAUGUCAAAUCAAAUAGAUGAAACUCAAAUUGAACCAAGUUCAACAAACGAAACCCAAAUUAUACCAAGUUCAACAAAUGAAAUCCAAAUUUUACCAAGUUCGGCUAAUGAAAACAUUAAUGAGUCUGUUUCAAAAACAUUAAAUAAAGAGAAUAUAAUUUCAAACACAGAACAGAUAAAAGAUAUAAACAUUUUAAAAAAAUAUUGUCUAGAUUGCAAUAAGACUCCAGUAGUCCCUCAAUGUUUUUGGCAUCAAGAUAACACUUGGAUUUAUCUUAAAUUGAAUAUUUUGUCAGUAAACAAUUAUCAUAUAUCAAAUACAAUAGAUACCAUAACAAUAAAUGUUGAAACAAAUUCUGUAUCCUAUUCUUUUACAGCAAUUUUGUGUGGGUAUAUUGUAGAUGAACUGUGUACUUGUCAUGUAGGUUUUGAUGGGAUUUUCAUCAAAGCACAAAAAUUGAUAAAAGUUAAAUAUCAAUGGCCUAGACUUUUAAAAUGUACAAAAAAACAUAAAUAUAUUAUUUAUGAUACAGAAUUCUGCAAUACUGAUAAAAACUGGAAUUUGUGGUGUAAAGUAUUGAAUAAUUUCAAAUUAAGAGCUCUUGGUGAACAGUUAAAUAAAGAAUAUCUUGAUAGUGAUUAUGACGAUAGUGAUUGUACCGAUAAUAAUGAUACCAUUGUUGAAGAUUGAUUAAAAAAAAAUUUUCCAUACCACAUUUAUUUUAUACUUAAAUGUUUAAAUAUAAAAAAUUGUAUAACUGAUGUAUGUAAUAUAGAUAUAUAAUAUUAUGUAUAAAAUUUAAACUAUUAUCCAUUACGUUGUUAUACAUCUAGCAUGUUAUCUAUGUGUUUAACAAAUGUAAAUUUGACUUUCUGGAAAACAUGAAGUACUUACAUUAUUGUCUUUUCAUUAAAAAUAAAUAUAUUAUAUUAAUAAGUAAUUGUUCACAUGCCACAGUUUUUCCAUCCCUGCAGAUUACAUUAUACUUAAUUACACCUACAUAAUAUUAUUAUAAUUUAUAUUUUUAUAAUUG